AUGGCAUCAAGACAAUCACAAAGACGAUUAACCAAGGAGUAUAAAGCUAUCCAACAAACGCCACCACCCUACAUUACAGCCAAGCCCAACGACGAAAACAUCUUGGAGUGGCACUACAUCAUCACGGGCCCACCAAAUACACCAUUUGAGCAUGGUCAAUACCAUGGGUUAUUACGAUUCCCACAGGAAUACCCAUUCAAACCACCUUCGAUAUCGAUGAUUACUCCCAAUGGAAGAUUUGCAUGUAAUACGAGAUUGUGUUUGUCUAUGAGUGAUUAUCAUCCGGACACUUGGAACCCUGCAUGGAGUGUAGCGACGAUUUUGACGGGGUUGCUCAGUUUUAUGACUGGGGAGGAGUCGACUACGGGGUCAAUCACAACGUCGGAGAAUGUGAGGCGGAAGUUGGCUCGUGAUAGUAAGAAGUGGAAUGUGAAGGAGAACCCAAGGUUUGUGAAGCAGUUCCCCAAUGUCGUACAACAGAAUAAAGAGGACAUAGCUCGUGCUGAAGCGGAAGCAGAGGCAGAGGCAGAGGCAAAGAAACAGAGACAAUUGAGCAGUGGCAGAAGCUUAGUUACGGAAAAGGCUAUUGAUUUGUCGCAGUUGGACAAGUUGGAUCCUGAAGAUAGGGCUCGGUUGUUGAUUGAGCAUGAGCGACAGUUGGCUGUGGUGAAUAAGACUGCUAAUGGUGGUGCUAGUGGCGGAGCCCCUGGCGGCAAUAGCUUUGGAGGUUUCACUGCGUUGGUGGGAAUAUUGGUUGCUGCAUUUCUUGCAGCCUAUUUUGGUAUCAUGAAGACCAGUUGA